GAGGCGAGCGGGAGCGCCGCGGACGACGGCGGGGGCGACGUGGGGCAGGCGUCGCUGCUGCACCGGAGGGCGCGCGCGGAGAUCGACGAGGUUCUGAAGAGCGGCCUGCAGCGCCGGCUCAAGCGCCUCGAGCGCAGGAUGGCCGAGCUCGCCGCCGCGGGCGGUGAGCCCGCCGGCGCCGCGACGCAACGGCGGGGGCCCCGGCGCCCGUCGCGCUGGGCGCGGAGGCCAGCGCGAGGCUCCAGGAGGCGUGCUCCAAAGCCCUCAAGACCGCCGCCAUCGCGGCUCGCCCACAGCUGA